GACCUUCAUAAGAGAACCCCACCUGUUCGAUCAACGCGAGCCUCAACCCUCCGCGCACGCCACCUGUUCGAUCAAUUGCGCCGCCGCCCAUGAGCUUCCUGGCCGGCCGCCUCGCCGCCAAGGAGGGCGCCUACUUCCUCCAGGAGUCCAAGCACGCCGCCGGCCGCCUCGCGGGGAAGCUCCCCUCCCCCUCCCCCGCGCCCGGGCCAGCCGCGGCUCAGCCGUCCGCGUCGCCCGACGUGCUCCCGGAGAUCCUCCGCCACUCCGUGCCCAUCAGGGCGACGCCGCCCCCGGGGGAGCCCUCGCUCUCCGCGUCCUCCCGCUGGGCCCUCCCGCGGGGCGGCGCCGAGGCCGUCGGAUUGUCCCCUGACGCGCUCAACCCGCUCCGCUCGUACGUCUCUCUCCCGCAGGCCACCUUCGGCCCCAAAAGAUGGGAGCUUCCGAGUGAGCAACCUAACUACUCUGCCUCAACAGCCAAUGAGCGGCGGCGUGAUAGGCACCCACCUCCCAUGGACCCCGAAAAGUUGAAGGCUGUAGUUGCUGGAUAUUCUCAGAUUGGGAAGGCAUUUGUUGCUGCAACUAUAUUGGUGUUUGGAGGAGCAACUGCUGUCCUAUUAUACACAGCAGAUAAGCUGCAGUUGCAUUCGGUAAAUGAUGUCAGAACUAAAGGAAGAGAUGCAGUGCAACCACGAGCCGAUAUGAUCAAAGAACAAAUAGCUCCGUUGAGAAGCUGGGCCGAAGAGAUGUCCCGAAAAUGGCAUUUUGAAGGAGAUAAAGAUGCCAAGGAGAAGUCCAUCAUUAGAGAGCUUUCAAGAGCACUUGGCUCUAGGACACCACCAAAUUGAUCAAACAUCAUCGGCCGCAUCUUGUUGUUGAUAAGUUCAUCAUCAUCAAGUUCUUUGCUUAUAUGCCCAUGUAUAUGUUUGUUAUAUAUAAGCCUAUAGUAAUGAGAUCCCUAUGUAAUGUCAUAUUGAAUAAGAGAAUUUGUUACAUCCCCUUGUGAUCCGUGUAAAAGACUGCGGUUUCAGAUUUGGGCUCUGAUAGAGUUGACAACAGCUUCUGUUAUGUAAACAGAAUCAUCACAGCACAGCGUCUGCUGCAGCCUGCAGCAAUCCAUGCGAUCUCUUAGCUGUCAUUCACAUCAUUUGGUGUAACAACAAUAUAUGCGAACUUUCAUGUCUUCAAUGUAGGGCACCUUUGGGGGAGUUUUAGAUUCUAAGAAA